GAGAAUUCAGGAAAUAAUAUCCGUGUUUCUGUGCCUUGCUCUGAUGGCAAUCAAUUUUGCCCAUCUUGUAUACUUCUUUCAGCCUAGUCAGUGGAACUCCAUUCUCAUAUCUGCCUUGUGUGGUAUAAUCUUAGCUGAUUUUUUAAGUGGCUUAGUACAUUGGGGUGCUGACACCUGGGGUUCAGUUGAUGUGCCUAUAAUUGGAAAAGCAUUCAUACGUCCAUUUCGUGAGCAUCAUAUAGAUCCUACUGCAAUCACUCGUCAUGAUUUUAUUGAAACUAAUGGUGAUAAUUUUAUGGUGACUAUUCCAUUUUUGGGAUAUAUGGCUUAUCAGUUUCUAAGUUAUUCAGCAGAAAAGAUUCUUCGAAUUUACCACUGGAAUUGUUUUGUUUUUCUUCUUGGUAUAUUUAUAGCAAUGACUAACCAGAUUCAUAAGUGGUCUCAUACAUAUUUUGGCAUACCUAAAUGGGUUACACUUCUUCAAGAUUUUCAUAUCAUUCUACCCCGACGACAUCAUCGUAUACAUCAUGUAGCUCCACAUGAAACAUAUUUCUGUAUCACAACUGGCUGGCUAAAUUAUCCACUUGAGAAACUAUGUUUCUGGCCAUUUCUAGAAUGGUUGAUUGAAUCUCUAUUUAGGUGCAAACCUAGGACUGAUGAUUUAAAAUGGGCUCAGCGGAAAGAUUAGUAUAUAGCAUAAUUUAGUCUCAAUUUUUUAUAAAUUAGUCUAUCUAUUAGGCACACGUGCCUCAUUUUUUUACGGAACAACCUUGAAAAAUAUGUAAUGUUCUUUUAUUUUGCAAUAUAUCCAUGUAUCUUUUCUAGUACUUUGACUAGUGUGAGUCACAUAUGCAAAACAAUUCUUGAUUUUUGAUAAAAAAGGUAAAUUUCAAUUAUGAUUAUUAUAACUAAAUAACAUACAGAGAUACAAUAGAACUCCAGUUAUCUGAACUAAAUGGGACUAAAAUCUUAUCUGGAUAAUGAGAAAAUUUGAAUUAUUAUGUUUGUUUUAAACAUAUAUUUAAUGUAAUGCAAUUAAAGGAAUUUCAUUUAUUUAUUUACUUUUGUUUAUCAUAUUUUAUUUCAGCAAAAUACAUAGCAGAAGAGAAAAAAAAAUAUUUUUAUUUCCAUAAAACAAAAUGCAUUUUUUUUUUUUUUGGUUAAGUAAUAAAAUAUUUUUAUUUAUUUGUCUCAACAUGUAAGCCUAUGUUUCUCCAAUCUAAAAUAAAGCAACGAAAGGAAUUUCUUCUUUGCAUAGACCUAAAAAUAAACACAUAAUUUUAUAUUUAUUUUU